UAGUUUUUAGUUUUGUUACAAUUUUCAUAAAAAUGACUGCAGUAAUACCUCAGCAGCCCGACCAAGGAACUUAUACGUUUCAAAGCAAACCACAUGCUGUUCAGGGAAGAAGGAAAUACAGGCAGUUUGUCAAUGAACAAAAUGAAGGCUCUGCUCCAUAUGGGAACAUUAUGUAUGAUAGAAGAAUUGUGAGAGGGAACACUUAUGCACAACACACAUUGCCUGCCUCAGCGCAACCUGACCCGAUAGAAAUCCAACGGCAGCAAGAGAUUCGUCGUCGAGCAAUUGCAAAGAAGCGAGCAAAGGAUCAACUGCGUCCUCGAUCACCUGAGCCUGUCGAUGGUCGAAAACAUAUCGAAGUGCAAACUGAAUUGUAUCUGGAAGAACUUAGCGACAGGAUAGAAGAGGCUGAUAUUGACACACAGACAGAUGCGUUCUUAGAUCGACCCCCUUCUCCACUAUUUGUUCCUGCUAAAACUGGGAAAGAUGUGGCGACACAGAUCCUCGAAGGAGAUCUGUUUGACUUUGACAUUGAAGUUAAGCCAAUACUUGAAGUUCUCGUUGGCAAAACCAUGGAACAAGCUUUGCUGGAAGUCAUGGAGGAAGAAGAGCUCGCCAACUUACAACAACAGAGAGAAUUCGAAGAAUUAAGAAAUGCUGAAUUGGUGGAAAUGCAAAGACUGGAAGAACAAGAGAGAAGGCACAGCGAAGAAAAGGAAAGACGAAUGAAACAACAACGUGAAGUUUUGAAAAAAGAAAGAGAAACUGCAGAGAAGAUUGCGGCUCGUGCAUUUGCUCAGAGUUACCUCGCAGAUCUUGUACCUUCUGUGUUCAGCACAUUGAGAGAUAACGGCUAUUUCUACGACCCUGUAGAGAGAGACGUAGAGCAAGGAUUCAUGCCUUGGAUUAUGGAUGAGGUUGUGAAGAGAGUCGAUGAGACUGUCGUUGGAAGAACCAUGCUUGACAUGAUCAUCCGAGAAGUCGUCAAACAACGAGCUGAAUUAUUUGAUAAAGCUCCCCCACUGUCUGGAGGAUCAGAUGCAUCGAAACCGGCCUCACAACAGACUGAUAAAACAAACUGAAUAGUUUUAUAAUUACUUUCUCAUCUUCCUGUAUUUGAGUUGGAAAUUUAUUGUCAUAUAUUUAUUUAAGUUGAAAUGAUUAAUUUUUCCUUGGUAGAUAUCCAGAUAAUUUAGGAAAAUGACUUUUGUUAGAAUUGCUUAUGAUAAUAUUGUAAUAUUUUCCGUUUCAUUAAAUAGUAGCACCUUGCAUACUGUCAGAUAUCUGUACAGGACUGAAAGCGUGAAUUAGCAUUGUACAAAAAAAUAGCCUAAAAUGACUCUACAGUACCUAAAUGCAAAUAAUGCAACAGGCAUAAUUCCAAGAGUAAAGCAAUAUCAGCUGGUUUUGUAUGCCCUAAUAUAACAUUCUUCAUAUUCUAAGUAUCUGACAAUAAAUUUCUGACUAUAUUGGUUAUAUAUAUAUAUUGUUUCUACUGUUUUAUAUUUUACACUGUUGCAACGAAUCUUCAAUCUGUAAAAAUAUUAAUCUAGCAUGUUUUCGUAGUAAUAAGGCAACAUUGUCACAAAUAACGAAGGAUUGGACUAGACCAGUGGUUCUCAAACUCAAUGAUAAUUCGUCGCUUCCUUUCAGAUACUCUAAACACAUGUGCCCACCAAGUCUUGCAUUUAACAUGUUACAGAUAGUGAGGCGAAAGUAUCUUCUAUUCAAAAACACAUUGAAAAUAAGUGGAUGGAAAGUAAAUAUCCAAAUUAAGGCGGACAAGAUCAAAUCUACCGAAUAGUUUUACUUUUUUUGAGCUUCACGCCCCCUCAAAAAAUUUGUAUACGCCCUCUUGUGGGGCACGUCCCACCGUUUGAGAACCACUGGCUUAGAUUGUUUCUUCUCCCUAAUUGCAUAUCAAUUUUUGUAAUUUUUUCACUGUAGGUUUGUAUUAGUUUCAUGGCAACUUUUGUGGAAAAUAUGGAGAUUUUACUGUAUUAGCAAUAAAUGGUACUAUUUUGGAA